AAAGCAGACAUGCGUCUCUUCGAAAUCAAAAAAGCAUGGAGGCCACCCCCAUCCGCUAUUCCUUCGAAAAAUACAAGCUCAAGCAAUGGGCCUUCGUCAUCUUCCGCUGCACCUACAGGUCACAAGAGAAAUGGGACCAGUUCAUCGGUCUCGUCAAAAGAGCACACGUACGAUGACUCUGAGUGGCGCGGAUGGAAGACGUUUACGACCGCAUGGCUUGGACGAUUAUCGAGGACACCGAGGCGUUAGAGGGCGCCAGUCUUGCGACGACGGCUCGGAGGUUUGUCGAGUGGGUAGAUGGACCCGAGGGGCGGCAAGACAGGAAGGGCAGUGUGCUUGAUACGGACGCCUUUCCGCCUAAUGGGCCGCGAUACCGAUGUACACGUUUUUCUUGCAUGCCGACGAGAGAGCCUGGUAGGCGAGGGAGCCGAGGGUGGGGGAUAUUUUUGUAAGGUGGCGAUAGCUUACAUGAUCUUGGCGGCGGAACGAGAACGGCAAGAGGAAGGGGACGAACAAGCUGCAGAGCAGGAAGAUGAGGAGGAGGAGUUGUUGGACUUUGAGAGAGUCAAGAUCGAUAAGCUUGUUCUUUGGUACGCGAUUGUCCUCGACAUCUGUUUGGGCACAGGCAGUGGUAUUCCCCGUCCUAGGUGGUUACCUACAUACUGUACCAAGGUAGAUGGACAGGGACAUGCAACCGACCACCAACUCGCCAACUUCCAUCGGCCCACGACGACACCUCUGUGCGAUAGCCUUGCGUCUCAAAACUGUGAAUCAGUGACCAAGACAUUUUGAGAACAUCCAUUAUCUACGCCUCGAAAUUCGUAUCACCGAAACGAAUCGAAUCACCAGCACGCACCGCACCCUAAGCGUUUCCAUUGCCGCGUCAUCG